UAGCGGGCGACAAUAGCUCAAAUACUAUUUUUAGGCGCGUAUCGCUAAAAUCUUAAGCAAGACCCUUAUCUUACCUUGUACCAACAUCUUGUUGAAGUCAGUUGAUGCGUACCGCACGGCGCAACUCACAACCUAUACGUACGGUAUAGCCUUAAAAAUCGAUAUUCCGCGCUUUAGGCCAGUACUCGUUCACCCUUCAAUAGUGCCGUUUUAGUUAUCGCUAGAAAAUUGUAGUUUAGUAAACAAGGGAACAUGUUUUAAAUUAAAAUUAAAAUGGAAGGUAAUUCGAAGCGUUAUAUUAGGAGUGAGUCCGCAAGUUGUGCCCAUAUGGUUGAGGAAAACACUGCGAAUAACAGAAAGAGCGCUGAUCCUCAUGAGAAGCUGAAGGCUCUGUUGAACUCCCCGGAAGAGGAUACGGAUGACACCCUGCCACCAUCUGAUGCACCCAAGUUCGGAACCGUUAUUCACAAUAGAAUUUUCGUCGGCGGAUUUUCAUUGACCACGACAGAUGAGGAUUUGUGGAAAUUCUUUUCUGGGUUCGCAACGGUGACAGCUGCUCGAGUGAUCUACGACAGGGCAGGGGUCUCCAAAUGCUAUGGCUUUGUUACGUUCGCCAGUCCGCGGGUCGCAAGGCUGAUUGUCAAACAGAGCGGUGGUGUCAUGUUUUCUCCCCUUGGACGGCUUAGAGUAGCUCAGGCAGUAAGAAAACAGUUAACUCAACUACCAGUGAUCAGCUCCGAGGCAACUCAACUGCAGGCACCACUGCACUGCUACCAGUUGAUCUGCCCACCCUUGGCGACGUUGCCUGCGUGUGCGCCUUGUGAGAUUCCCCCACCAUAUGCAGUAUAUCCUCUGCCCUAUGAAAGGCACAAAACCUUUCCAGCGGCACCAGCCAUCUAUGGACCACCAGCUCAAUUUGCGCUACUCCCGGCUCCUGCGCAGUACGGCGCGUGUUGCGAACCAGCGUGCUGUGCGCCUCUCGACAAACAGCCCCGCAUACCGCCGCCACCACUUCACCCGGCAUUCAUUUAUUAACUUCCCUCGAAUCAUGUAUAGCAUAUAGUUAUUUUAACAAUUAAAAUCGCGUGUCUCUUAAGCUUUUACGACUAAAUUAUUCUGCAGAUUCUGUAUAACAAAAGUCGCAAGAGGUGGACACCUCAUAGAUAUUUUAGGUUUGUAUAUUAUAAGUUAUAAUUUAAUAAUCUUAAAUUUCUGUAUUCUGCAUAUACUGUAUUACUGAAUUCAUUUAGAACCCUUGAUAUGUAUCCUAUUUCAGGGGAACGUAGGUAAUUCACGUAUCUUUUACAGUCAUUCCUUCGAGUCUUCCAAAGUUUAUAUGCUCAAAUAUUGUUUGUUCGCUACAUUAUAGUUUCAAUUUACAAUGCAAAGGCGUGAAAAGCUGCGGCAUAGCUUUCGGACUCACCAGAAAAUUUAUUCGGUAGUAAAGUUGCAUUUUAUAAUACUGUUCUACUUAUAGAAUAUCUAUUUCUCUAAUACAAAGCCUUGGUUACAAAGGGUUAUAUGUGAUGGUAUAAAUCACCCUGAAGUAUGUCGUGCUGUGUCAUUUAUUAAUUAGCAGUGUACUUAAAAACAAUCAAUUAAUAAAGAAUUGAGUUUCUUUUACACAUUAAAUCAACCAACUAAACGAAAAACAGAUCUCAAAAGAUAUACUCUUUAAUGUUUUAAACGUUAGCCAGAAAUUUAAACAAGCUCCAAUAUUUGACAACGUGCACUGAUAAAUGAUAAUAUUUACUGUCAACUGUGACGUAGUUUUAUUUAUAUAUGACCUUAUUUUUCAAAUAUAUUUUAUUUAAUUUGGUAAGGGUAAGAUGCUAAGGAUGGGAUGUGAUUCACAAAGUGUUCAAGAGAUAGAAUUACUAUGGAGUGUGUUUUUGACAAUUUUGUCUUUAUUAGAGUGAAAUAAUAUGUGUAUCACAUUUCAAAAUUGUUGUUAAGGUAUUUAUGUACAAAUUGCUUCAACCGCACAACCGACAUUGUACUAAAACUGUAAUUGGAUUGACAUGAAAAUCACAAACGUGUUUCAAUUAAUUCAUUAUCAAUUCAUACAAUCCAAUUGCAAUUUGCGUUGUAAUUGUUGCAAUUGAGUCAGAUAAAUAUUAUUGUGUCGGACACUUUAGUAUUAUGUAAUUUAAAAUGUUUAUGUAAUGUUCAUGAUUAAAACGUAACGGCACUAUAUAUUUAUUAGCUGUCAGAUGAAACUAUAUAUAUAAUUUGAAAAGACAUAACUAUACUAAUAAAUGUACCAAUCUAAAAAUGAAGAUUUGCAUAAUUAAAGCACAAAUAAUAGCAGUUCUAGAAUUUUUCUAACAUUGUUGAUAGCUUGUUAUCCUUUUAAAGGAAUUUUAGUUAAUCCAUAGAAAUACAUUUGUUUGUUGUCCUAAGAUAGUACAGAGAACCUAUUUUUAAAAAUUUAGUUAUAUUAAAAUGAUUAUCUGGGGUCCAAAGUGUGAUAACAUCAAAUGAAUUCAGAUUAAAUUCACACACGAUUUCCACAAAUAGAUUUCUUGAAAAUAUUUUCGCGUUUCAUAUUUAGAUAACUAUGUUUCUGCAGCGUAAUCCUUAACAUUAAACAAUUGUCAAACAAAUCUGACAAUACAUAAAACAAAUUAUAUUUUUGCUUUAUCUAAAAUGAAUUACCUCAAAGAACACAUACAUUAAUUCUUGUCGAAUUCGAUUCCUAAUAACAACGAUUCUAAUUUCUCUCAAUGAUCGAAGUAGCAUUCUAUGAAUAUUAUAUUAUUUUACGCUCGUAUUGUUAUGUAAAACGGCACCGAAUAUUUAUCUUAUAAUCAAAUAUAUAUCAGUAUAUUAUGUAAUGAAACUAUCUUCUACUUGAGUGGACACUAAGCUUCAAUAAGUGUAGUGUAACUAAAACGCUGUCAAUUUACUAUUUUGGACUUGUACUACUAUAAUAUUUAGCAUUUAAGUAUAGCACUUACUUUAUGAUUUCUUAAAGAAAUGCACUGGUUUAUUUUCACUAAAUAUUUAACUUUUCUCGCCAUGUACGAUUUUAUUUAUAUCUUCAGCGUUAUAUACGUAAAAAUAUACUCUAUCGCUUGGAAUUUGCUAUAAAUAUAUGCCUCCUAUGUGUUCGUCAGCCAUUGUUCCCUAUUCAGUAGCGUCGGUAGUUGUCCUUCUGUCGGCAUAUAUUUAAAGCAUUAAUCUAUUUAAACUAUGUGGCCUAGAUAUUUACUGCCUGACAUAUCGGAUAAACUAGAAAGUACUACGCUAUAGUAUUUUAUUUGUUGUCUGUAUAUAAUCUUUCGCUAGAUAUCUAUAUUUAUAUAUUCGACGAAGUAAUUUAGACAAUAUUAAUGUAACCAAAUCUAGAUAUCUUGUUGUAAGUCACUUCAUUACUAUUAUAUUAAGCGCUUAGAUUAAUGUGAUGUCUAUCGUGGUUGUCAAAUUUAAACUUUUUAAACUAUUUCUACAAUAGUAUGAGCCUCUUGUUGUCGGUGUGAAUUUAAAUAUAUUUCGUAAAUGUCUAUUACCGUGUUGCUUGAUGUCGUAUUUCAACCUUUACAGAUCUCCUAUCAUAACUUUUUGACUCUUAAAAUUGUACAAUUAUUCAGCUUUAUCAUACUUUGUUGCUUUCACUUUAAGAUUGUUAACGUUGUUAUAAUAUAGAUCUCAUAGGUACGUGUUAUCAACAAUUUUGAAUUAAAAUCGCCGUCCUGUGACGAACAUCUUGGUCUGAGGCCCUUCGAGUCUUAAAGGUGACGUUUUUGGUGUGGAUUUAUCUUACCUUAACAAAAUAAACAAAUAAAUCUUAAAAUAUGGUUCUUACUCACAGAACAGGUAACAGAUAAAUUUUCACCAAAAACUGUUUUGUCUUAAGGCCCUGUUGUAGGUACUUUACACCGAUUCUAAUACAUGGAAUCAUAAAUCCGUCGAUAUUGAAGCGUAGAUAAUACAGGGACAAAGACAAUACAAUGACAAUGUGGUUGAAGUUGUGUUAGAGAGUACGGAAAGAGGAUUGUUCGUUACAUGUGCAAUUGUUUUGUUAAUUUAGAUGUCAACACAUCCUCUAAUUCUUAUUCAUUGCAGUAACAUUUAUCGGUAUUUUUAUAAUUGCUGCAUGUUAUAGAAGUUAUCAAAGAUGUGUGUGAAAGUAUUUGUAAAAUUGUUUCUAACCUGCAACACAACGUUGUUCAAUACCUCUUUACAUUCAAUCACUUUGUCUACUUGUGUUCUGUGAAUAACAUAUUUAUCAUACAGUUACAAGCAUUUAUUUCUUGGUUUAAUGGUGAUCUAUAAACAGUCUCUCUCAAUAAAAUGAGAAACAAAUUACCCAAACAAUUUACAGUUAAUUUGUAAUUUUGCAUUUACAAAUUUUCCGUGCAGUUUUAUCACGAGUAGCAAGUGAUUUAUUUACAUGAACCGCAUUUGAAUGUAAAUGAGGUUAUAUUUAGAAGGCUUUAUAUUUGUUAAAGUUUGUCCCCUACAUCAGUAAGAGUUUUUAUAUACCUUUACAAAUUUGUAGUCAGAUGUUUGGUUAUGAUCGUUUUACCCUGUUAGACGCUAUAUCGCUAAUUACUUUUCCGUGGGGCGUGACCCGUUAUAGUAAGUUAUAUAUCUCCAGUUUACUAUGAAACUGAACGAAAUUAAUAAACACUUACUAUAGGGGUAGUCCUAUCGAUCUGUUCGUAGUGACAUGUCAUAGCUGUAUUGUAACUGUUGACUACUUGUAAGAAGUCUAUUUUAAAUGCUACGCGUCGGUAACUGAUAUACGACCAUUUAGUCUGAUGUUUUAAAAUGAUAAUAAAAUCAACUAAAAUUUAUGUGUGAAUCUAUUUAUCUGUAUUUGUAGAUCUAUAUACGUAAUAUUCAUAAAAAUCUAAAUGUUAGAUGCUGGUGAAAGUAUUCCACAAAAUAUUCUAAGAUUAUAUUAUUAGAUUUAAUUAGAGUAAAUGCUAUGAAAAUGAAAUAUUAGCAAUGCAUACAGUGAUCAUAAUCUGUCAUUACGCACAUAAUAAUUAUUAUACGAAUUAUGAUAAGAGAAAUAUUUUCUAAAACAUCAUCAUCGAAUGUAUGUAGGAUUGUUGAUAGUUAUAUAUAAUUGUCUAGCUAUUAUAUGUGAUAUUGUUAUUGGAUUAAUAGAUAUUUAAAAGGCUAAUAUUAAUUCUAUAUUCUCCUUGUUGACUUUUGUGUAUUAGAAUUUAAGACAUUCUAUCAUAAGAGGUCAAGACAAGUGGGAUUGAUACUGGUGUGUAAAUUAUUCGUUUUUUCAAAAUCACUGGCUUUUCUCAAAUAAAAUACAAAUGGACUAAAAUACAUAAUUAAAGUCUCAGCUCACAUCUAGGCACAAUAGUCAUGACUAUAGUAAAAAAGAUACAUAUAACAGAUAAAUGAAAUUUUGAGUGCAUGAAUAAAUUUAUAUAAUGUAUUAUUUAAUGAGAAGUAGGAUUACUUUGAAAGAUCGAAUAUAUAUAUGUGUGUAUAGGCCGUAUGAAAUUGAAUAAGCAUCAAAAGACAUUUAUAUAAUUAAUGUAGAUACAUCGAUUUGCUCAAAAUUUUUGUUGUACCAUCCGAAUCAUUUUACCGACAUAAUAUAUUGAUUUCUAUAUCUAGUCCAGUACCCGUUAUACAUUGGAUACCAAACUCUAGAUAAAGAUGUAUUAUUUUUAUUAUUUUACCAAUAUUUUAAUUAUGUUAUGCACUUACGUACUGAUAAUAAACGCAAUCGUAGGAUCAGGUACGUGCUCGUGUCUGGGAUGCUGUUAACCAAUCACAAGCAAGCGAAACGCACCAUCGUUUUGUGUUUCGUUCACCUGCCUGGUCUGUGAAGGCCGUGCGUAAUAUUUUUUUUGCGAGCGUAUAAUUAACUUUAAUGAUAUUACAUUGAGCAUUUGCAAGCAGCUUUAGUUUGACGUAUGAUAUAUAUUUAUUGCCAAUUUAUCCAAAGGAUUUUUAACAUCAAAUUAUAUCGGUAAAUAUCCGUCAAUACAUUGUGACUAUGCUACUUUAGGUGAAAAUCACUUAAACUGGCUACCUCCGAAUAUAACCAUACAAUGAUACCGUAUAAAUUAUUUUGACAAAAUGGCAUGGUCACGUUCUUACCACGUAUCGCAAUAAACAAUGAAGUUCAUAUCAGAAUCGCAUCGAUAUACUAUAAUAUAGGUAUAAGUACAAUAAAUGAAGCAAUAACAAAUAAUGUACUGUAAUGUAGGUAAG